AAGUUUGUGGUCUGUGGCCUGUGCUGAUGCGCAUGAUUGCAUAUGGCUGCGCAAGAGGAGGUUAGUUAAUCCUGCUUUAUGAAAAACAACUUGUGGCGAUCGUGAACCUGGUGUGCGAGACGAUGUGAUCAAUCACCGGAGGAUCUUGGCGAAGAACAACGAUAAUUUCUCGGAGACAUGCACUCGAUAAAGCUGCCGUUACAUGGACAACGCAUAACGGACUAACGGAUAUCGUUCUGAGGUUAAAAUCCUAGCUGAAUAUGGCGCAAAUACAGACGUCGACGGUGGACGGGCUGCCGAAGCACUUCGUCAACGCGAUGCGCACGCUGUUCGACAUAAUGGACGAUCAGAAUACCGGUUUCGUCAAGUUCGUCGAUAUCGAGGGCCGAUGGCAGGACGACGGCACGCAGGGCCUGCCCAAGGGUGUGCUGGAUAGCCUGAAGAAGGUCACGCCACCGAACGGAAUGCUGUCGUUCGAGAGAUUCUGCGCCGGUCUCAAGAUCUGUUUGCUGCAGAUACAGGCGGAGGUGGACGCGAAGAAGCACGACAGCCAGCCCAACAGGCCGCCCUCCGCGCCGAUACUCAUUCCCGAUAGUCAGAACAAGGCGGUUUGGACCUCGCCCAACACCGCCGCUAUAAGACCCAACAACGCCAUAUCCCAGCAACGUACCCUCAGUAUGCCGCAGCUGCUGGCCAAUCGCAAGGACGUGAACGCGCAGCUGGAGCUGAUGGACGGGAGGAACAUCGGCGAGCCGAAGAUCAACAAGGUGUACGGCCCGCCGAAACCGCCGCGGACCGGCGCCGCGUUGGAAGGCAGAACGAUGGGCCUGGAACGUAAUUUUGACAAAUCUGAGAUUAGGACGGCACUGCAAAACUGGCAGAUGGGUCUCAUGAUGAGCGACGAGAAGGAGAAGCGUCAGCUGCAGGCGGUAAAUUACAGGCCGGACCCCAGGACGCUGUUGAGACCGGCCAGAGUGCUGGGCGAUGGCAAAGCAGUUGAUAUACAGAGUAAUCAACUCGGUCUUCAAGCCAAGAAACCAUUGAAUCGCCGCAGAGAGCCCAGGCGGCACACGUUGCAGAAUGGUAUUGAUUACAAUAUGAUGAAAAGGAUGAAGCAGAUUGAGCAGGAGAAGGAUGUGUUACUUCAAGGUCUAGCUGCUGUUGAUAAAGCUAGAGAAUGGUACUUGAAGCAGAUAGCAAUCACUCAAGAGAAGAUUAAGCAUCUCGGACAAAUGGGUUCCCAUGUGGAACAAUGGACAGAGGCACAGCAAGAGCGCUUGGAACUGCAACGCGCGCGUGUUCUGGAAGUAAAUCGGCAUUUAGCUGCCUUGAUAAGUAGCUGGGAACGCGGAGGACUUCCCCUUCAUAUGAAUCUUGCGUUCCUGAGUGCUCCAACCUCGGCCCAGCUUCAGCAAGAUAUGUUGUCAAGGCUUAAACAACAAAAUCACAGAUUAACCGAGGAAGUUAGCAAAAAGAGCCAACGAAUAGCGUUACUCGAGCAAGAAAAAGAUAGUCUGGUUAGAGAAUUAUAUAAUAGACAGUCUGGUCUGGUGCAGUCCCGAAGAGCGACAAUGAUCCAGGAACAACACGAUCAAACAUUCAUGUAAGAAUAUGAGGUUCCCAGGUUUUAGAGAAUGUGCCACAUAAGUGAUAGAAUUUGAGUUAAACUUUAAAUAAAAUAAAGAGUUAAAGAAACUAAUGUGAAAAAAGUGGUUGAUUAGCGCUUCCAUGUUGUACAAAUGUACUAAUAAUGCCGGACGUUCCAGUUGGAGUACUCUACAACAAUAAAUGAACAAAAUCGUGUUUUAAACAUUCCAAAAUGUUUAUAAUGCCAUGUAGAACACAUUUUUAAAAUAUGAAAUAUUUGACAUAUUGCGUUAAAAUAAUUAUCGCUGUCUUAUUAAUUUGAUAUUUUAUAUUAAGGAUGUAAAAUAUUCAUUAAUAGAAUAUGCAAUUAGAUACAAUUUAUAGUAAUAGGUGACUAAAAUUGCCUUAACAUCUCUGUAAUCUGUUAAAAAAAACCCGUUUUAA